UUGGAGCCACUUAAACCGUUCAAAGUAAAUUACUUACCACCGAUCACACUGGAAUUUGAAUUUCCACACUUGUAUCCUUCUCAUAGCCCUCCUACAUACAGUCUGCGAGGAGCUUUUUUGAACGAUGAUUUGGCUUUUACAGUGCCCGCUACUGACGAUCCUCUGGAAGUGCUUCAAGAUUAUCAAGAAAAAGCAACUGAAGAAAAAUUUAAAAAGGGAUGGUACGAUUGUGGGGUGUGUUUCGAUUCACGUUGUGGACUUGAGUCGAUUCGUUUUGCACCUUGUGGACAUAUCUUCUGCAUUGACUGUGUAUCUGCGUUUUAUCACCAAACGCUAGCAGACUCAACAGUAAAACGCUUGGAGUGCUUAAGUGAAGGAUGUAACAGCUUUGCCUCGCAGAGCCAGUUACGAAGAGUCCUUUCGCCAGCCGAAUUUGAGAAGUAUGAAGAUCAGCUGUUAGAAGGGGCGCUAGAUUUGAUGAGUGAUGUCGUCAAAUGUCCUCGUUUGGAUUGUCAAGCACCUGUGAUUUUAGAGCCAGAAGGUCGUUGCCCUGUGUGCAAUUAUACAUUUUGUACAAUAUGCAGGAAAACGUAUCACGGCGUAGAAAAGUGUUCAAGGAAGUUACUUGAGCACUACGAAAAUGCAUCCCCCGACGAAAAAGAUGUCUUCUUCAACCGUUUUGGAGGGAAAGCUGCUUUUCUAAAGCAGCUGGAGGCAGCAAAAAGUGAUAGGUGGAUUGAGCGUAACAGCAUUCCAUGUCCUAGUUGCAGAUCUCCCAUACAGAAAAGCGAUGGCUGCAAUAAGAUGGUUUGUGGGAAGUGUCACAAGCCAUUCUGCUGGCUUUGUAAACGUUCUCUUACAUCUGGUGAUCCCUACAAACAUUUUUCUUCUUUGGGUUCAUCUUGCUACAAUCGCUUAUUCGACGGUUAG